AUGAUGGAAUCAGUAUCUUUGUUCCACAUGCUACCCACAAAACAAAGGCAGGCAGCAGAUACCAUCACUAUUUUCACAGCACUUACAGAGCUGGUUCUAGAGACGGAAGAACUACAGUGUGAUUCGAGCCUGCAAGCCUACGGCUGUGAUGAGGGCUGGAGCAACUACAGUGAAUAUUGCUAUCUGGUUGUGGCGGGGGGCAUCCAGGCUGACGCUGCUAAAAAUUAUUGCGUCAGUCACGACGCGUCACUGGCCAGCGUGUGGAGUCCUGGGGAAAAGGAAUUUAUCGUGUCCUUGUGGCGGUUUCCAAUCAACGAGGUGGGUUUUCUCUGGAUAGGACUCAGAGGUACCGUAACCGGAAGUUGGCAGUUUGAUGAUGGCUCUGUUUUUACCUACAACAUACCAGGUACUGACUGGUCACUGUUUACUGGUGUAUCUGGAAUACCACUGGCCACAAGCUCCAAGUGUCUGGCGCUCAGAAACAGCGGGACCCUGGCGUUCUUGGACUGUCCACUAGAGGCUAGCGCUUACGUCUGUAAGAAAGCCUUGCCCAAGGUUUUUGUCACUUCCGGUAUGUUGAACCACACGAGUCCGGUGGCGGCCAGUCCCCUGGGUCACGUCCAGCUGUUUGAGCGCAUGUUCCCGCCCCUGCUGACCACGCUGCCAGGGUCAGGGUCAUACAUGGCGGAAAUCACCGUGGCCACGGAGGUGGGGUGUGCGUUCAACUGUUUCAGCUUGAACGGAUGUCAAGUUUUUCAAGUGAGCUGCAACACGGUACAAAACUGCAGCAACUUCCGGUGUAAACUGUUCUCAGAUUUUACGACAUAAAGAUCUGUCUGCAGGGCUCACGACAGUAGAAAGGGAGGAGACUGUUACAUGGACUUAAACUUCGAGAAAGAUCGCCCAAAUAUAUCUGUGAUACUUUAUAUAUAUAU